ACUACACGCUGUUUGGUUGUUGAUAAUAACCUAAAAUUUAAAUUAUUUAUUUCUUCAUUAUAAUGGAUGCGAGUAAUAAAACACAUUGGGGCGAAAUUCCCAAUCAAGAGACUAACAGUAACGACGAUUCGUUCUUUCCAGAUGUUCGUGCUGACAUCGAACGAUCCAUGAAUAGAUUUUGCUUAGCCGAAUUUGAUUCAGACUACCAUGAUGAAAGGUUUCAAAGUGAAGAAGUAAGUUUAGAUUCAAUGGACCCGUUGAUUAUGUACGCAAUAACUUUGCAUAAGCAUAUGAACGAAAUGGUUCGAGUUGCCGAAUUAGCUAUUGAAUCUGAUUUAAUACCUCCUGCAGAUGUUAUACCACCCAUACCACCGAUGCCCGAAGUGCAAAAAAAGCAUACAAGAAAUUGUUUAAAUUUUAUUCCUAAAGAAUUUACACAAUUCUCUCUUGGCGAGGCUGAAUUGAGUCCCGAAAUCAGCUCUACUAUUGUGAAACAAAUAUUAACUAAAAGUGUCGCCACAAUGUUCGCUCAUAUCGGUUAUGAAACUACAUCUGCAAGUGUAUUAAAUGUAUUAGUAGAUGUGUUGAGUGCGUUUUUAAAGAAAAUAAUUUACCACUUGAAAUUGGCCCAAGAAGAUAAAGAAAAUGGCAAACUUGACGAAUUUCCAAAUAUUGUUGAACGUGUAUUAGUUGAAUUGGGAAUGGGCGGUGUGAAAGGUUUGCAUGACUAUUAUCAAACUCGUGUUAUAAAGUAUAUUGAUGUUCUACAAAGGAGGUGUAAAGAGCUUAAUAAGCAUUAUGAAGGAUUACUCGUACGUCAAACUCCAUCACCAGAUUCUAAAGAAAAUAAGGUAAUUAGGGUACAUGUGGAAGAAGAGGAAGAUGUUAUUGAGAUUGAUAAUCCCCAAGUUCACCUGGCUAUCGAUGGUGAGGUUGGAUUUUCUACUCUUGACGCUGGUUAUCAAUUACUUAGUAGUUUAGAAGCUGGUACAAGUUCACAAGGAUUAGUGGAAAAUGAAGAGGAUACUAGUAUUACUAUAUCUCCUGGAGUUGUAUCUAUCCCUGAAACAGAGCUGGUUACUGCCUUAUCACCUUUCAUUAAGAAGAAACGUUCAAAGUAGACAUAACUAUGAUUUCUUUUACAUAAAACAGGUGCUAAAUGUACAUAGAAAUUUAGCAACAAAUGUACUGAAUGUAACAGAUUUAUAUUAAAUUUCUAAAAAA